AUGGCCACCCAACGUUUGAGGUUUUCAUCGCCCAUUUCCCCGAGUAAGGACGAUGAAGAAGAAUCCAAUCGCUCCUUACCGCCUCAAUCUUCAUCAUCGGCCUCCAUAGGAGUGGCCUCCAUGGGUAGAAGAGUUGUACAGCAACCAUUAUCACCACUUACUACAACUCCCAUAACGUUUGGGAGAGGUGGAGGAGGGUCUUUGUCGGGCCGUCAUGCUUACCCGACGAUCCGUGAUGGAGUCGUCGUUGAUACUACUCAUUUUACUUCUGCCACUCCCAACAACAACAGUGGUGGUAACAGCUCAACCCUUCAGGCUUCUUCCUCUACCACUUCAACACCCUCGAUUUCUAUGGGAGCACAGAGUCAACCACCCACUCCGAGAAGAAGUAAUUUACUAACUACUAGUAGUAAUAGUAUCGCUCACACAAACAGCAAGAAUAGUCCCAAUAGUGAGGAGGAAGUCAUUGAUCAACCCCACCAAAGAAAUAUUAAUAGUGAAGAAUCGAAGGUCCUAGGGCAAAGAGAUGAUAUAUCAAAGCUCACACUUUUGGACAAAAUAAGGUUGAGAGCUUUGGCUCGUAGCAACCACAAACGUCGCCAGGAUCAGAACGAGGAGGAUACGAGCAGUGAUGAGUUACCAAUGGAUCCCGUGGAGCUGAGUAGCAACAAUACCGCAACAACGAGUGAAGUCAAUGAUACCGCUUUAUUCGAAAAAGAAUUUUCCCUUAAAACCCCAUCCAAACCUUCCUAUUCUUCGCCGACCUUUCUCCUUAUGGAAGAGAUUAUUGAUUCUUCAUUAUCAUUUAGUACACCUGUAUCGUAUUCUCGAAAUAUUUAUCCUAAUUCUUCGAAACUGUCCAACAGCAGCAGCCUUAAUACAACAUCCACCCCUAGUGGUAGUAGGAGAUCCAAUUCUACACCUCCCAAAUGUACCAGUACCCUUCCGAUGAACAGUGGGCGAGAAGACUCUACUAAAACCACCCACAACACCUCCUCCAUUCCCGAAUUUUCUGCUCGUUCGUACAGCACUUCAGAGCUGACAGCUGACAACACAGCACUCCCACCUGUAAAAAAUUUACAGAGCUCUCCCAAGUCGCCUCCAAGUACAUCCACUGACACAAUUUUCUCAUUCAUCCUUCCUAACAAAUCUUUUGAGGCAGAGGAUGCAAUUUCUUCGUCACAUCAUGCUUCAAAAUCCCUGAAAAUCAUUGAAGUUGGACCAGAAAAACAUUCUCAAUCCUCCUCCACUAACAGUUUUAUACUCAUUGAUAAACAGGAUAUGGGGAAAACAAUUGAUAGUUUAAGGAUUAAUGCAGAAAAUAUUGAAGAGGAUUUGAGAGUUAUACGUUCCCAGUUUGCCAAAUUUCAAGAUAAAUUGAGUGAAAAAGUUGUCACUAUUCACAAAUCAUUGGAUUUAUUUUGUGGCUCCUCUGAUUUUGCCAUAGACUCUGAAAAGUCUAAAUGGAAGUUCAAACGAAAAGAAGAUUUUCUUGUACUAUUAGAAACUUUCACCCGAAAUGAGAGAUUGGAGGAUUUGUAUAAUUUGUUAAAAGUGUAUCGAGCUGGUUUAAAACAAAACGUUUUUGAUUAUACAGACAUUUACUUGAGAAACUGUGUUGAAAAGAGUGCGAAAACAUUUGAGCAUAAACUGAAAUUUUUACAAGAUUUAGAAUCAACUGAAACAGAAGUGGACUCACUUCUUAAUGAUAUUUAUGACAAUAUUGAAAAUGUCAUUGUGGAGGCUGAAAAACGAAACAGCAUUGAUGAUCAUGUUAAGGCUGUAGAGAAAAAUGAAACUCUGUACAACAAUUGUUUAAAGAAUUAUUCAGAAAAUUUUGGUAAGGAAACAUCAUGUAAGGUGAACAGGAUUAGAGCUCUCCUCGAUGAAAGCCAUUCGUUGAUGGAGAUGUUAACCAUCGCGUUGAGCGAUCUUUCUAGAGAAUCUUUUUUUGAAAUUGAGGUUUUUAAAAGAAAAAUCCCUUCUGAUCAAGUACGACUUGUAAAAGCAACACAAUACUUGAUUAAUUUGAUGCAACAUGCAUAUGAAACCAAGAAGAGUCUCAAAGAUGCGAUUUUCAAGAAAGAUGUCGAGCAAGUAAGACACUAUGUGCUCAAAAUUACCAAGGAAUUACCCUCUCCAGGCAUUGAAAACAUCUUCCUUAGAUCUUCGCUUCGACGUGCCCGCAUAUUUUUAGAACAAAAUUCUGACUCGGUUUCCGAACUGGAUGCAGAAUUGGAUGAUAAGGAAAAACGAAAGCGAGAGGUAAUUGAGAGAAUCAAAAAUAUCAUUGAAAAGUCUGAUAAUUUUAGCGCCGACAAACAGAACAAAUUUACACAACUACUCUUACAAUCUGGAAUUAGAGAUGCAACAGUUCUCAAGGAGCUUCGUUUGGCUUGGGAGGAGAAAAAGAAAAAGCUCAAUGAAAAUAGAAUUGUCAAAAUGCUCGAGAAAUAUAUUGAAGAGGAACAAAUUCAAAAUAUUGAGGUGUUAUUGGAGUCAAAUGAUUGUUCAGAGCCUAUCACAGAAGAGUUACGACUUCUGAAAAGAAAAGCAAAAAUUCUUAUUUCUAGAAAGAAAAGGCAAGCAGAAGGAGCUCUUGAUGAGCACUUUCCAGAAGCGUACGACACUAUGCUUGAUGGUGAUGCUAAAACUACAGUUACAGAGAUCUCAACUGAGAAGUCAGCUCACAAUUUUUGCAAUCGCCUUAUGCGAAUUCUUGAAACGAAAAAUUUGACCUAUUUUGACUUGUUGGAACAAGAAUUCACUCGAUACGUGGACGAUAGUGAGGUGUUACCGUGGUGGGACAAAGUUUGCACAUUAAAGGAGCAACAUGAAAGGGCAACUCACCAAUUGAACAUCAUGAUACUCAGUGGCAAUAACGACUACAAGCACUUUAUGGACACUCUCUCAAAAGCUAGAGAGUUCUUAUCUAGAGACCAGUAUGAUAAUUUUCUACGCCGUUGGAAAAAUCACCGUGUGGAGCUGUUUGAAAGCGAAAUAAGGAUAGCUCUCCAGGAAGAUAAUGAACAAGAGAUGCUCCGACUCUAUGUUUAUUUCCAAGCUAACAAAGGAACUAUUUUUGGAAGGAAUGACACAAUAUCAGAUAUGGUGAAUUUGUUGCAUAAACGGGCAGGUAGAAUUGCUGAAUGCAGACAAGAACUGCAAGAGGCCAUCGAAAGAAGAGAACCGAAUGAAAUUGAAAGGGCAAUCAUUAAGGCGCGUCGAUACAAGUCUUUACGGGAUGAAACAUCAAAAGCAGAAAUAAUGCUGGAUUCGUUGAUAGGGCAGGAGUCAAAACAUCUGUAUUUGUUAGAAAGGGCAAUGAAAUCUAAGAAUCCACUUCUGUUGAGAAGAUGUCUUGAGGAAGUUCAUAACUUCCAACACUCUUCUGACAAAUUGCACACCCUUUAUCACCAAGCUGAUUUACUCCUGAAAGAAUUAGAAAAUGAGUACCAACUCGUAGAAGAUUUGGAACUAUGCAUUCAAAGUAAGGACCUGGAAAAAAUUCUUGAUUUGAGAGAUAAGUGUAAAAACCUUCGACAUAUCUCUGCAGAACAGGUUUUGAAGGACUGUGAUACCUUCAUUAAGCAGUCUCGUGAGAGUGUACAGCUCGUGCGAAGUUGUAUCACUGGCACAUUCUGUACAAAGCAAGAGUUUGAAGAUUACAUGAAACAACAUAUAAUUUCGAUGCAAGACAAGACAUUACUUAGGAAAGAAUGGAUCAACAUUUCCAGUACAAAGAUUUUGCACGAUAUGAUUUACGGAAUUCAGUCAUGUGACAUACGCGGCCUCCGAACUGUUAUAGAUAAUACCAACGAUUUUCUUUUGUCCAUUGGAAAUGAUGUUCAUUUUGAAAGUGUGGAUACUUUGAGAAUCAAGCUAAAGCAAGCUCAGGAACUUGUGAUUCGGAUAGAGAAGCUGAAAAACGAAAUGUCUACGGAGAUUAUUAAUGAUCAAACUAUGGAGACAGUAUCGAAGGCGUUACAGGAGGCAUCUGGGAUUGCGUGCCUUAAAGAUGAAUGCACUAUGGUACAAAAAAGAGUUCAAUUAUUUAUGAUGGUGAAGAAGAUACUGCAAGAAGAUCCAAGACCAGUAUUGAAAGACGUUGAACACGUCAUGCAACAAGCACUCUCUUUGAAAAUUCUAGAUGCAGAGACAUUGAAAUCUCUUUUUUUGCUAAGAGAGCGUUUGAGUGAAAAGGAGUAUUUGAAACAAGAAUUGGAAACAGCUUUACGUAAUAAGGAUUCUAUCUCUCUUCGAUAUUGCCUUGAGAGAGGAAAAUAUUUAUUACCUGACAGCAUGGAAAAAUAUCGUAAUCAAAUUGAUCAAGUUCUUGCACAGCAAGAAAAUGCAAAAGCGGAACUGUGGGCCAUCACAAAACGUUUUGUUGAGUUGAAAGUGUUCGAUGAAAACGAAUAUCUUAAAUUCAGGGAUAUUUUACCUGAACAAGAAAUCAACGCUCAAAAGGAAAUGGUUUUGAAAAUAUGUCAACAAGAUCACGAACAGGCAAAAUUAACACAUACCAUUGAAAACCAAAUUAGGGAGCAAAUUCGAGAAAACGAAAAGAAAUUGCAUUUACAGAGCAAGGAUUGUGAAUCUCUCAAACAACAAGCAAUCGACAUCGAAGCAACAAGAGAUCACAUCGAUCAGAUCAAAGUAGAAAAUGAAAAUAUAUUGACAGAACAGAAAGAAAGAAUUCGUAUUGCUCAACAUCAAUUAGCGCAACAAGAGGAUGAAAUUAGGGCCAACAAACAAUAUAUUGAAGAGAUUCUUACUCUUAUCAAUCAAAAGAAAAUAGAUUUUGAGAAUACACAACAACAAAUGAUGCUUUUACAGCAUGAACAUAAUUCGUUGCAGGUUAAACUUCACAACCUCACACAACAGAUCCAAAAUGAGAGGACUGAUAUUGCUAACCUUCAAGAAGGACUUGAGGCCAAAGAACAAGAGAUAGUAUUGUUGAAUAAUACAAAACAGCCACUCUUGAAAUCUUUAGAGCAACUACAGGAGAAGUGCACGACCCUGAACGAAGACUUAGAAAAACUCAGAUUGCAACAAGAAACCUUGAUAAACGAGGAGUUGAAUGCAAGGAAAAAAUUGGAGUCGAUCAAAACAACAUUUGAUCUUCAAUUAAUGAACGAGAAAGAGCAGAUUGAAAACACUGAACGUGAUAUAGAAACGCUUAAAAGUGAAAUUUCAAAGUUUGAAAAAGAGAAAGCUGACAAGAACUUGGAAAGACAGGUCUUGGAUCUGGACCUGAAGAACUGUCAAGAAAGUAUAUCCUCCAUUCAAAACUCUAUAGAGAAUCAACGGCAAAAGAUUAAGGAUUUGAAGGAUAUCGCACAAAUGAGAGAUGCAGAAUGUGUUGAAUUGGCAGCAUUAGCCCAACAAGAACAACUCGUUCUUGAUGAAAAGCAAUUCAGAUUGCAAGAAUACACGAAACAACGUGUAAAGCUAGAAGAAUUGAGGCAAUUAGAAGAGAAGAAAUUGUCAGAGGAGAUUAAUGCUUGUGAGCAAUUGCAUCAAGAGAUAUUACACUUGGAAAAGAUUCGUAAUGACAAGGAAGAGCAGGCAAGAAAUAUGCAACAAGAAAAGUACAACUUAGAACAAGCCAUGAGAAACAAGUUAGAGGACAAACUUGAGGAGGAAAACACACAAAUCAAGUUGCUUGAGGAAGAGUGCAAGAAAAAAGAAGAAGAACGAUUGUUGAUGGCUAAAUUACUACAGGAAGAAGUUCAACGCGUUCAAAAUCAGAAACAAACCAAUGAAAUCACGCUUAGAGAUCUAAUCAAUGAAGCUUCAGGAUUAGAAUUUGAUAUUGAAAAUGCAACUGCAAAAGUUAACGAGCUACAAAAACUGCUCGCUCUCAAAGAACGCGAGGCAUCAACGCUCGAAGAGCGUCAUGUAGAGCAUGUGAAACGAAUAGCAAGUCUCCAAAAAUUGAUAGAACAAGAGGAGGAAGAAUUUAAGAGGGAACAAAACAGCAUUGCAAUUCAAAAAGAGUCGAACCAGACUGUCCUCAAAAAUCUCAAAAAGCAACUACAAGACGAGGAAAAUAAUCUGUAUGAAUUAACAGAUCUAAUCCAGAAGAAGACACAAGAAAAUAACAAAUUGAAGGAAGACAUCACCCUUCUGAAUCAGCAACACUUGGAUUUAGAAUCGAUACUGAAAGACCAAUCGAUCAUUUUGCAAGAGCUUCAGAAACUGAAUGAUCUCAAACUUGAGCUUGAACAAAAGGAGGCAGAAAAAAAUCAAGCACUGGAGCAAAUCGAACUCAUUUCUCAACAAAAAAAGCAACUCGAAAGCAUGAAGAUGACUGUAAUGGAAGAUAUGAAUCAGUGUCAAGAACAAUUGGAAGAAAAUUUGAUGAAAGUUAAAGAGUUAGAGGAACUGAUCAAGAAGACACAACUCCAGAGAGAGUCACAAGCUGAGGAGCUUUCCAAGAGAGAGGCAGAAAUUCUUUUGGAGUUGCAACGCCAAUUGAAAGAGCAGGAAGAAAAAUUAAAGUCUCAAGAAAUGGAAGAACAAAUGAAGUUAAAAGACGAGGAAGAAAGAAUAAGCCAAAUACAUGAGUUAGUGAAAUUAAAAGUGAAAGAAAGAGAACAGCUAGAGUUCGAAUUGGCGCAAGCAAUCGACCAAAUGAAACAAUUAGAAGAACAACAGAAGCGAGAUAAUGCUGAAAAACAAACUCGUCUGAACACUUUAUUUCACACACAUCGCCUACUUGAAGAACAACAUGACAGUGAGACCACAUCCAUUAAGAAUUUAGAGUUGUCCUUACACAAAAAGCAGCAAGAAAGGCAUGAUUUGGAAGAAUUAUUACAAAAAGAGGAGUGUAUAGCUCAUGAAGAGAGUAUCAAAUUAAAGGAAGCAGAACAGAAAAAGAUCGUUCAACAAGAGAAGCUGAAGGAGCUACAGCAAGAACAUGCCACCAUUACAGCACUUGUCAAGAAGGAAGAGACAAUUCUGAGAGUUGAGAAGGAGAAUGUGAAGAGAUUGCAAAAUGAUAUCCAAAACCUCCAAAGAAAACGUUCUCAAUUGGAAGAAAAGUUGAAAAAUAGCAUGUCCAAAGUUAGCGAGUCAGCAGUUGAUGAUGCUCAUAUGGAUCAAGCAAGUUCUCCACUUGGUAUGGAUUCUACUAUCAUCAAUAUUUCUCCUCUCAAUGAUACAAUUGCUAUGUCCACAAUGAAUAAGGCCGACAAGAUGGUUGAUGAAUUUUCUGUCGACUCUUUACCAUCAUCAACCGAAGAACGACGAGAUACAACUAAAACCACUCCUGUGGAAGACAAGACUGCACUUACAGAAAAAAAGAAAGCCAUUCUUCCAAGUAAGGCCAACAAGAAACCAACUCCAGCCUCAAUUGACCUUAUUGACUAUCUUUUGACUGAGCUUCACAAAAAAGGCAGUAAGGGCGAAUUUCCUCAAGAUGACAAGAAACACUACAUUCUACCUCUCAACGAUGACCUCUUAAUUGCACUUGUACAACAGUACGCAUGUAUUUUAUGUGAUAAGUGCAUUAUUGGAAAAGGAGAUUUGUCUCGAUUUUACCAUGUAGUAUUUCCCAAGUUUUUAGAGAGCUUGUCCUUUCAAAUCAAAGCUGAACAGAAUGAUAUAGAGGCACAGCAACGAUCGAAAAAACUUUUUGCCAAACUGAGACACGUUAAAAAAACUUUUGCUGAAUUAGAACAUGUCAAAUCAUUGGAAUCCGCAAAAGAAUAUACGACCUUGUCUCUGCUCUUUAUAUUCUAUUCAUACAUCUAUGGAGUGUUUACGAAAGAAUUUUGGGAUUAUUAUUGUUCUGCCUUGGAUUUUUUGAAAGAGCACCAUGAUAGCUCGUCGAUUCUUGUCUCAAACGCAGACUCACGUGAGGACUUGAAUUUCUUAGUGAAGAAACAAUCAAAAUUCAAAUGUAUACUAGCUGAUUUUGAAACUGUUGUAGACCAUCAAAAGGAAGUUGUGGAACUUUUACUGAUGGAUAAUCAUAAUAGUCAUCAGUGUCUGAACAUCCCUCCAGUGGAGAGACUGAAAGGAGUACUCUAUGAAAUUCGUCGACGAGAGCUUUCAAGUAGUGACAACAAAGACAAUGAACAGUCUGAGUCCAUAUCUGAAAUACUUCGCAUCAAAUUUACAGCGGGUUUAUUGUUCACAAGUGAAGUUGGUUUUCGACAAUUUAAAUUCUUUGGAAGAUAUUUCUUCUGGGAUCAUUUAAAAUUUUAUCUGGAAAAAGUUGCUCCAAAACAGAGUUCCAGUACUGCUACGACAACAUUAAUUCAAGAGUUGUAUCAAAAUACCAACGAGAGAAUGUCUACCCUCGUUUCAAAAGAGCCAAACGAUUUGAAAUUUGCCUUAUUUGUGUGCAUGGCCAUUAAUAAGAAAAAGCUCGAGGAGAUUUUUAGAGCGCUCUUUGUACAUCCUCAAAUUGGCGAAUAUUUCUCAGAGGAUGCGAUUAUUCGUUCAGACAAGGUGAAAGAGGUGCUUUGGAUACUUGCUCAAAUUGACGCAUUCACUUCUCUUCCAGAAAUUGACAUUUCACAGGUGAACAAUUUACAUUUUGAUUAUGAGAAGGGAUCUUGGAUUUGUGGUGUUUAA